AUAUACAUACAUUUUGCUGUUUCUGCAAUAUAUACAGAAUCUCUUUUAGGUAUUGAUUGAUAGAUUGAUUUUUUUUAAAUUUUGAUUUUGGUGUGUUUUUGGGUGUUUGUUAUUUGGUCCAUUUACAAAGUUGGAAAUAAGAUUUUCAUUAUUUAGUGGUAGAUUAUGCUUAGAGUUUAAUUAGAUUAUGGUUUCUUGAUUAUUGGAUACUUUGUUCAUUUGCUGAAUUUAAGGGUUGAUUAUUGGAUAAUACUAUUUUGUUAUUCUUUUUGUUGUCUGCUUUUGGUUGAAAAAAUUGGAUCUUGCAGUUGGUUUUUCUUUUUUUUUUUUGUGUGUGUGUGUGUGUGAAAGUUUGGUGUUAAUCUUUGUGAGGAGUACCUCAUUUUGCUGUUUUUAAUAAAUAUAUUAAUAUUAAUUUUUAUUAAGUAAAAGUUUCUGCUGUCUAUACAGUUGAUUCAGUUUAUACAGAAUAUCAUUUAGAUAUUGAUUAUUAGAUUGGUUUUGAUUUGGUUUUGGGAUAAUUACAGUUUAGUCCAUUUCUAAAGAUUUCAUUAUUUAGUGAUAGAUUGUGCUUAGAGUUUGAUUGGAUUUUGGUUUCUUGAAUAUUGGAUACUUUAUUCAGUUUGCUGAGUUUGGGCCUUUGGGGGUUGAUUCCCUAUUGGAUAAUAGUACUAAUUGGUUAUUCAUUAUAGUUAUGUCCCUCUUGAGCCGAGGGUCUAUCGGAAACAGGCUUCCUACCUUUCUAUGUUGGGUUAAGAUCUGCGUACACACUACCCUCCCCAGACCCCACUUGUGGUAUUAUACUGAGUUUGUUGCUGUUGUUGGUUAUAGUUAUAUCCAUUUCCAAGGAUUUGGUUUUGGGAUUUUGGGGUCUUUAUAAUUUGGUCCAUUUCCAAAGAUUUCAUUAUUUAGUGUUAGAUUAUGCUUAGAGUUUAAUUCUAUUUUGGUUUCUUGGUUAUUGGAUAAUAUACUAAUUGUUUUUGUUGUCUGCUUUGGUGGAAAAAAAUUGGAUCUUGCAGUUGGGAUUUUUUGGCGAAGAAGAAGAAAAUGGCAUUGUUGAACAAUUGCGAAAAUUUGGGGUUAGGCAUUGUGAGGAGUACCUCAUUUGGGCGAAAACGAGUCACUUUAUCAAAUGCAGUAGACGUUGAUUUCAUUUCAACUACGCCUACAAAGAGAUUCUGCAGUCAAAACUCAUUUUGUACAAAUGAGAAAUCUGCUUUUGAAGCCUUGCCUAAAGAUAUCUUGAUAAGGAUAGUGUGUGGAGUUGAUCAUGAUGAUUUGAAGAGUUUGUUUCAUGUAUCAACGGCAAUUAGGGACGUGACUCUGAUUGCGAAAAAAUUGCAUUUUGAGUUUAGUACACCGAGAAAGACUCUUCCUUUUCGGAAUGCUUUUGAUAUGGAGGAUUUGGGGGAUUCCAAUGAGGUAGAACCACCAAAUGCUCCAAAGCUGCCGAAGAUUGCAAGGUCUCGAUUGAGUAGGAAGAAGUUGGCUGAGAUCUCUGUAGCCUUGUUUGCCUCAGAUGGCGAAGAAAAUUGGCCAUAGAGAGAGUUAUCUAUACAAUUGGAAACUGAGGUAUAGAACUAAAAACAGAUUAUGUAUAGCUAUUAUUGUAGUAGAAACCUAUGUUGCUCGGACCGUCCUAAAUGUCGCGGAGCGUGUUAGAUCCUUCAAAAGUAGUGCAUUUUUGGAGGAUGUGACACGGGUGCAGUAGCAUUUUGGUGAGUCAGUGCAACAUAGGUAGAAACUCAAGAAGGAAAUCUUUUUCAAAACGAAGUGCUUGAUCUGAUGUCUCUUUGGGAAGAAAGGGUCGGGAAGAUGCACUUGAAGAUCGCUCACCUAGCUCUGGUAGGACAUGAGUGGAGAAUUGUCUCCGGAAUUGAGCCUCUGUCAAUACGAUGUUCAUCGUCUAGUUAGAUGGAGCUCUCUUUUAAUGAUCUCGUGCUAGAUGCAACAUUCUUUGUCCUGCCUGCGAACCAUAGGAGUGCCUAGUGCACAGAGGAAUUCCUACGCGAGGGGAGCUUAGAUUGCGCGCAUACUAUAAUGGUUGAAAAGAGAUCAACGAAUGGACCAAGCACGACAGCAACGCAAACCAGGUUUACAUGUCACAACAAUUUUUACAAGCCAUUGUUCUUCAACACUUCCAUUGAAGAUGGGCUAGAUUGUUUGUAUUCAUAGUUAGAUUUAGGGAUUCUAUUUGAAGGGGCUGCUCUGGCACUUCUGAUUUCAUAAGAAUUUCAGUUGUACAUAUGGAAUUCCACGCCUUCUUUUGGUACUAAUACUACAGAUUUAUGUUUUAAUGAAAUAAAAAUGUGUUCUGUUUUCCACUUCUA